CGUUGUCCCAAAACUGUCUUUCCAGAUCCAGAAACAUCAACUUCCAGCUCCAACCCUCCACGAACACGUUUAACGACACUCAUUCUCUCAAUCUCAGUCUCAAACACACCUUGACGAGCACCAAUCACACAUCUACAAAUACCUGACGAACGCACACACGCCCACCGGCGUGCACCCUCCCCAACGAUGGCACAACAUUAUGGCGCCCCCCCAGACCAAUACACCACCACCUCCCCCCAAAACCUGCAAUUCUACCCCUCCUCCUACCCCAGCCCUCCCACCGGCGCCUCCGGACAAGCUGGCGGAUACGGCGGCUACGGCGCCCCCAGCGGCUCCAUGGGGGGCUACGGCGUCGGCGCAAGCUCGGGGGGGUUCAGCAGUCCGGGAGUUGGCGCAGGGCAGGCGAGGGUGAGUGGACGGAUGGGGGAGCAGGGGGGACUGAGGACGGGGUGGUUGGCGGCUUUUUCGACGGAGGGGUAUGAGGGGGAGCCGCCGCUGCAGGAGGAGUUGGGGGUUAAUUUUGGGCAUAUUAAGGUUAAGACGCUGGCGGUGUUGAAUCCGUUUGUGCAUAUUGAUAGCCAUAUUAUGGAUGAUUCUGAUCUCGCGGGUCCGAUUCUGUUUUUCUUCUUAUUCGGCACCUUCCUCCUCUUCAGCGGCAAAGUCCACUUCGGCUACAUCUACGGCCUCGCCCUCAUGGGAUCCACAGCCCUCCACACAAUCCUCAGCCUCAUGACACCCGACACGCCCUCGGGCCGCGCAUCACCCGCACACAUGGCAGCAGGUAACGCGGGCUACUCCGGCGGCGGCGACGAUCGCGGGGGGCAUCUGAGCAGUACCCUUACGUUCCCGCAGAGCGCGAGCGUGCUGGGGUAUUGUCUGUUGCCGCUGGUGCUGACGUCGUUGUUGGGGAUUGCGAUGCCGUUGGAUAGUGUGGUGGGGUAUGCGGUGACGAGUUUGGCGAUUUGUUGGUCGACGUUGAGUUCGAGUGCGAUGUUUUGUGUUAUCGGGAGGAUGAAGAGCGCGCGCGGCCUUGUCGCGUACCCUGUAGCUCUGUUCUACGUAGGCUUCGGGAUUAUGUCCAUCUUCAGCAGCCGGGGGAGCGGAACACUUGGGAAAGCCGCUGGACUCGCGACGGCGUGAAGAGCCGGGGUUGGGGGUGGUGCAGGGGUUCAUGACGGGCAUCUCGGUUGGGGGAGGGCUUUGCAGAAAUCUAAAUCUUUGUGUCGGCGUUGUAUAGCGCUGCUUGCUUGCAGAUACCGCGGGGAAAGGGCUUAGAUGGAUGGGAUGUGUGUAGGAAUAGUUGGUGGGGGUGUAAUGAUCAAGAAAUAUGGG